GACAACAUCAUGACGUCGCUGCGAGGGUCGCCGCAGGGCGCAGCCACCGAGCUCAGCUCCGGCCUCUUGGCCUCGGCGGCAGCCGCCGCGUCCUCCCGGCCCGGCCUGGCGCCCCCGCUCGCGCUCAACGCCUACUCUCCGGGCCCGAGCUCCCUCUACAGCUCUCCCUGCAGCCAGAGCUCCAGCGCGGGCAGCUCUGGCGGCGGCGGCGGCGGCACGGGGGGCGCGGGGGGCUCCGGGACCUACCACUGCAACAUGCAGGCCAUGAGCCUGUACGCGGCCGGCGAGCGCGGCGGCCACCUGCAGGGUGCGCCCGGGGGCGCGGGCGCUGCGGCCGUGGACGACUCCCUGCCUGACUACUCGCUGCCCCCGGUCACCAGCAGCAGCUCCUCGUCCCUGAGUCACGGCGGGGCGGGUGGCGGAGGCCAGGAGGCUGGCCACCACCCCACGGCCCACCAAGGCCGCCUGGCUUCGUGGUACCUGAACCAAGCGGCAGGAGACCUGGGCCAUUUGGCGAGCGCGGCGGCGGCGGCGGCGGCGGCGGGCUAUCCCGCGCAGCAGCAGAACUUCCACUCGGUGCGGGAGAUGUUCGAAUCGCAGAGGAUUGGCUUGAACAACUCCCCGGUGAACGGUAACAGCAGCUGUCAGAUGGCCUUCCCUUCCAGCCAGUCUCUGUACCGCACGUCCGGGGCUUUCGUCUACGACUGCAGCAAGUUUUGACACGCCCCAGGACCCUCCUGACCGAACUGAAUUGAACCCCCAAACGGGAGCAGCCCAAAGGACCCGUGGAUGCAAAAUCGAAACCAAAAACAUCUAAUUAAAAAAGUCUCUACACCAGCCAGCGGAAUCCCUCCAAAAAUUCAGCGCACCAGCACAAAGAAAACUCUAUUUUCUUAAAAGAUUAAUCCAGAGCCACCUCCACUGUGCCUUAUCUAAAUAAACAAAAUCGUAAACUAUUGUGUACAGAGACCACAAAAGCAUGGUCUGUUAAAGGACAGUGUUACUCCAGAUAACACGUAAGUUCCUUCUCGCUUUUCGGAGAUCCCGCUUUCCUCCUCUGCCCUCUCCCAUCUCCUGUCCAUCUUCCGUGGCCUCGCAUCUGUAAGAUAUUGUUUUAUCCUAUGUUUAAAGGAGGGGGAAAGCCCCAUAUAUGAAAACCGCUUUCUUUUUAUUCAUGGACUUGUUUUAAAAUGUAAAUUGCAACAUAGUAAUUUAUUUUUAAUUUGUAGUUGGAUGUCGUGGACCAAACGCCAGAAAGUGUUUCCAAAACCUGACGUUAAAUUGCCUGAACCUUUUAAAUUGUGCCUUUUUUUAAUUAUCAAAGGGAAACUGUAUUACUCUUAUUCUAUCAUCCUUUCUUUUUGUUGAACAUAUUCAUUGUUUGUUUACUAAUAAAUUACCAUUCAUUUUGAAUGAGACUUAUAUGUCUGGAUACUUUAAUACAGCCUUAAUUAUUGAAAGGGAUAAAAAGGAUUUCAGAGAUAAAACGCUACUAAAGAGUCUAUCCUCCACCGAAUCUUUAGAUUCUGGAGAAGACCUCUGUCAGGUUUCACUUAAUUGUCUCUGGUUUUUUGCUUAGUUUUUUUUCCCCCCUCUGCAGCAUCUUCUGCCACAUGUACUACAUAACCAGCUUGCUUUGAGGUUAGUAAAAAAAAAAAAGAUGUUUUCCUAAAUAGGUCUGAGUUGGCAUAUAUACACAAGUACUUUUCUCAAUAAUGAUAGAACAUGAUUUGGAAACCUUAAAUCCAUGGACUGGCUGUAAUCUUACCAGUGAUACCUAUGUACACAGAGAUGAGACAGACAGACUCAGGUGAAGAUUUGGCUUGUGUCACAUAUAAAAUUACAAUGUCUAUUAUACAUCCAUUCCUGUGAGCCAAAUGCAGAUGGAAUGUUUCCUAUUGCAAUCAUUUCUAAGAGGAAAAAUAAACCAGUUUUUAAAUGCAUGUAAAUAAGUCAUCCGCAUUGACAAUCCUUCAUGUAUUACAUUCAAGGGUUGGGGUGUUUUGUUUUGUUUUGCUUUUUAAAUAUACUGUGGGUUAGAAAGGGAUAUUUAAUCUUUGGGAAACUAUUUAGAAGACAUGUUUGUAGCAGAGUCGUUCUUGAAAAGGCUUAAAGCAAUAACCAAAAAGAAGGCGAAGAGAGCAGAAAGAAUGUUUUCGCCUAGGUGGUUUCUUUUCGAAUCAAUUUUUUUUCUUGGUAAUUUACAGUUAAACCUAGGGGGCAAUCCGGAUUGGCCCUCCCCCUUUGUAAAUAACCCAGGAAAUGUAAUAAAUUCAUUAUCUUGGGGGUAAUCUGCCCUGUCAAUCAGACUUUGGGGAGAUGGCGAUUUGAUUACAGGCGUUCAGGGCCUUUCAGUUUGUUUUUGAGAUAAUACAGUUUCCUGCUAUCUGCCGCUCCUAUCUAGAGGCAACACUUAGCAGUAAUUGCUGUUGCUUGUUGUCAAAAUUUGAUCAUUGUUAAAGGAUUGCUGCAAAUAAAUACACUCUAAUUUCAG